CCUUUUCUAGUUGGGGACUGAGCCGAAGCAAAGAUGGCCCCAAAGCGUAACAACAUUUUGCCCAAUGGGCAUUUCCACAAGGACUGGCAGCGCAUGGUAAAAACAUGGUUCAACCAGCCAAUGAGAAAGAAGCGGCGCCAUGAGACGCGUGUAAAGAAGGCAAGGCGCAUUGCCCCUAGACCAGUGGCCGGACCUCUCCGACCAAUUGUACACUGCCCAACAUUUAAAUACAACAGCAAAAUCCGGGCUGGCAGAGGCUUCACCCUGGAGGAGCUUAAGGCGGCCAACAUUAACAAGCGAGAGGCUCGCACCAUCGGCAUAGCUGUUGAUUUCAGGCGCAGAAACAAGUCAAUGGAGUCAUUGCAGGAAAAUGUACAGCGCCUUAAGGAGUAUCGAUCUAAGCUGAUCCUCUUCCCCAAGAAGCUGAGCAAACCCAAGAAGGGAGAUGCCUCGGCUGAGGAGCUUAAGAUGGCCACCCAGCUGUCCGGCAUGGUCAUGCCCAUCAGGAAGUCAUUUAGAGGAGAGAAGGCAAGGAAGAUCACUCCUGAGGAGAACAAAUUCAAGGCCUUCACUGCACUGAGACAGGCGCGCGCAGACACACGUCUGUACGGCGUCAGACAGAAGAGAGCUGCCGACAAAGCCGCAGAAGAGGCAGAGAAGGCCAAGUAAAAACUAUUACCAUCAGUUGUGUGAUCAGCUUCUGGAAAUAAUAAAUCUGGAGGGGAA